UUAACGCAGAUGAAACGAAGUGAACAUAAACAUGGCAGGCGGAAUGGAGCUCGCACCCAUCAGACAAUGGGACGAUUUUGUCCCCGGACUCGAUAGAUUUGCUAAACCGGACGUGACGGAUUUAACUAAGUGGAACAACAGAGUAAUAAGCAACCUGCUUUAUUACCAGACCAAUUACUUUGUCGUUGUUCUUGUGGUUUUCCUUAUUGUUGGGUUUCUGAACCCUCUCGGCAUGAUCCUGGGUGGCACUGUGGUGUCGUUGGUGUUCAUGGGCUCGGUGUGGGCUGGAGAGAACAAGGCCAUGAUCAAGAACUUUAAGAAGAAGAACCCGUCGCUGUUCGUCAUCGUCGUUCUGGGAGCCAGUUACUUCCUGCUGUCUCUGUGUGGAGGUGUGAUGGUGUUCAUCUUCGGCAUCACUUUCCCACUGCUCUUGAUCCUGAUCCACGCCUCGCUCCGUCUGCGCAGCCUGAAGAACAAGCUGGAGAAUAAGAUGGAAGGUGUAGGACUGAAGAAGACUCCCAUGAGUGUGAUCCUGGACCUGCUGGAUCAGCAGGAGGAGAAAAUCAACAAGAUCCAGGAUUUCAUCGAGAGCAAACUGAAGGACUGAGCGACGGGACGAAGGAUCUGAUCCUCACCGAGUUCCUGAUCGGUUCCUUACAGAACGCCGUCACUCCUGAAUCCUUCCUUCGCUCUCCGCUGUGUUAAUGUGCUAUAAUCAUCUGAAGAUCCUGAAGAGCUGCAGCACUCGAUCCUUUAACCUCCUUACGUCCGGACGUCUCGGAGCGAGUUUCUGUUCGGGAAUCACCGGCGACUCCCAAACGAGAAGAUCGUAGUGUUUAAUAUUUUAUUUCUGCUUCUGCUCUGCAACUGCUUCUUUCCUGCAUUGUUAAAACCCAGCGCUCAAAUUACACCACAAACAAAACCUAUAAUAAACUUUUUACUCGUGUAAACGUUACAGAAUUACAGAAAACAUCAAAAACAAGCUUCAGUGUUUAAAAACAUUCAUGUACAAUAUUCAGAAACUAUUUAAAUAUUUAAAUAUUUUAUUCCAUAUAUUUAAAAACCUUGCAACAAGCCAUUUAUUUUAAAAAAUAUAAUUCAAAAAUUCCCAAAAUGUGGGAAAAAAAUGUCACUGUAUUUUCCCAUAAAAUACAAAAUUCCAAAAUAUUAAAAAAAGGGUCACUAUGAUUUUCCACCAAAAGUUCAAACACGUACUUACACAAGUACUUACACAAGUACUUACACGUUCCUUACAAAAUGUUCAAUAAAAGCUUUUUCCCAAACAAACAAACAAACACAAAAAAAAACUAAACAAACAAAACAAAAAUAAAUUUUCUUGCAUGUGGCGCCACCUGGUGUUUUUGUCUGAUCUGAGUAUCUGACUGGCACGUCCAAUUUCAUUUCCAAAUUCAAACUCCGACCCUGAUGCGUCUCGUCACUUCUUCACCAUCGAGUCAUUUGGAUUGGAUCGGAUUUCAACCCCGAGCCUUUCAGCCUGGAGUCAAACUCGUCUCUGAUCGGUCUGACUGACGUCUGAUCGAUCCGAUUUAGUAUGCAAAUGAGUCAUUUACACACAAUCACUAGUUUUCCUCUCGUUUAUGUUUAAAAAAAAACAACGUUGUGACGUUCAAUAUCGUAAAACACCUUAAACUUCUUACAGACGUGUGUGGCUCACGUGUGUGUCAUGGUGUAUUGUGAGGAACUUUUACUUGUCACGUGUCGUCGUGUCUCAGAUCUGGGAAUCGGGUUCACACCUGCAUGUUUAUGUGGAUUAUUCCAGACCGGAUUCUCUUGAUGUGUGUUCACAAUCUCACGUCUGAUCGAUUAGAAAGUCAUUCAGAAGCUCUUUAGAAAUUGUCAUUUUAUUCAGUGCUGCUUGUACGUGAUGAUCAUAAAUUAGCAUGGCAGGCUAACUGACAUAUGCUAACGCACUUUCCUGUCAUGAAAAUAAUGACACAAAAAAGAAACAAAGCACUUUUUAAAUUAAAAGAUUAAAAUAUAUUUAUUUUUUUUUUGGUCGUUCUAUAAAAGUUGAAUUUGCUCUUCAUGACGAAUGUUAAUUGUUUUCCUGAUUUGUUUUUGAGAGGUGAGAAAUAAAAACCGAACCUUUCACACUGCAUGUUAAAAUCCUUUCACAGUGACACGUUAUGGAGAAAAAUGUUACUGAAUAUAUUUUUUUUUAAGUACUUUUAUUUUUUAGCUUUUUAUUUGGUGGACAUUUUAUCCACAGUGAAGCCAAAUGCAAUCGAAUCAUCGACAUUGAUUUGAAAACACAACCAUACGAUGAUUAGAGUAGAAUUUUAAACACAGCUAAUUUACAAAACGUUUUAUUGCUACCUCAGAUGACGAUCAGCGAUUCUGCAACAACUCAAACGAAUCAAACAAACUCGAGUCAAAUCCCACGUUUACAAUCGAAUCCAGAAUUCUGCUGCAAUUAAAUAUUUACUUGUGAGCUCGGUCCUCUAAACCCUCCACGUUAUCAGAAUGACUGAUUUCACACGUGUCGAAUCUGUGAGGAAAAAAGAAGUCACUCCAUUUUGUAGCUAUGCAACGAACGUAUAACGACAGCCUUGCAAAUUCAUUUAUAUAAAGACUUUCCAUAAAUUUCCCUUUAAUUCACUGACGUGUUUGGUUUUGUUUGUUUUUUUUUUAACAUUACAUGACGUACUGUUAAUGUUCCUUAAAACUCACUGCUAUUAUAAUUGAUUGUCAUAUUUAUUGUUCAUAAAAAUGCUUUACGGCUUCUUUAGAACCUCCAUCUGUCUUUAUUUUGAUGGUAACUGACGCAGAUGCAGAGUUAAUAAAAGUUUCUGACGGACUAAAA